UCCUUGGUUCGAUGCUUUAAUAUUAGGUUUUUGUUUUUCUCUCUCCUGCGUGGCUGCGGCAAUUUCCUAUCCCUGCAGUCGGAGUCAAGCAUACAGUUCUAAACUAGAUCGUUGAUAUUUAUUGCCGUUUCAAUCUUCACGUUAGGUGCCUUCGUUAAAAUAUCAACUCCCCCAGGCCCCAGACCAUUAAUUCUCUUCUUUCUUAUCAACUCCCGCCCUAUACUCCACCUAACACUCUCCUCUAGUCCUCUUCCUCUGCUUGCUGAGUGCUCGCUCCAAUGGCUGAACUAGCGAUUAGCCUGGUGGUCGCCCCACUGGUGUCCCGGUUGAAGGAGAAGGCGUCCAGCUCUCUCCUCGACCAGUACAACGUGAUGGAGGGUAUGGAGAAGCACCACGAGACCCUCGUGCGCUGGCUGCCUCCCAUCCUCAAAGUCAUCACCGACGCCGAGAGGCAGGCAUCUCGCCGCGGCGUGGAGAAAUGGCUCGAGCAGCUCAAGACAGCGGUGUACGAGGCGAACGAGGUCUUCGACGACUUCGAGUACGAGGCGCUCCGCCGUCGAGCCAAGAAGAAUGGGCACAUCGCCGAGCUUGGCGUUAUGACCAGUGUAAAACUCUUCCCUACCCACAAUCGUGUUGCCUUCCAUAUCAGGAUGGGCUAUAGGCUUCGCAGAGUUGUUGACACCUUCAAGGACCUUAUAAAAGAAAUGGACACCUUUAGAUUCAACAAGCUUGAGCCCGAGGCAACAACGGCACGGAAGGAGUUGCGUGAGAUGGAUUCCAUUAUCGUUGAUCCUGAAAAUAUUGUUGCCAGGUCUAGAGACGAUGAGAGGAAGAAAAUUGUUAACAUAUUGGUCAAUGGCCAUGUUAACAGUCGUGAUCUCAUGGUCGUUCCCAUUGUUGGAAUGCCAGGACUAGGCAAGACCACCCUCGCUCAGCUCAUCUACAAGGACCCUGAGGUCAAGGAGCAUUUCCAUCUACUAAAGUGGGUAACUGUGUCAGAUGAUUUUAGUGUUCUUAAUCUUGCCAACAAGAUAUGUAAUGCCUCAGAGAGAGUCCUCGAGGAUGCAGUGAAGAAGCUUCAGGAACAUCUUAAAGGAAAGAGGUACCUUCUUGUAUUGGAUGACGUCUGGAAUAGGGAUAUUGAUAAGUGGAGAAAGCUGAAGGCAUGUCUUAUGCAAGGUAUUGGUUGUGCCAUAUUAGUGACGACACGUGAACAACAAAUAGCCCAGUUUAUGGGUACUGUAGUUGACAGCUCAUGGGCAAAAAGUUACCAUGAAGUGGCAAUUUUGGGCAAGGAAUACAUACAAGAAAUUAUUGAAACAAGAGCAUUCAGUUUGCCGAAGAGCAAGUCAGAUUAUUUAGUUAAGUUGGCUGGUCUGAUCACUGAGAGAUGUGCGGGGUCUCCAUUGGCAGCAAAAGCAAUAGGGUCUGUACUGCGUAACAAGACCACUGAUGGAGAAUGGGAGGAUGUGUUACAACGAAGCACCAUAUGUAAUGAUGAGACUGGAAUUUUGCCUAUACUCAAGCUUAGUUAUAAUGACUUGCCAAUUGACAUGAAGCAAUGUUUUGCCUUUUGUGCUCUAUAUCCAAAGGAUUAUCAUAUUGAUGUGGACAAACUUAUCCAACUAUGGAUGGCCAAUGGUUUUAUCUCGGAUCAAGAAAAUGAACCUGCUGAAACCAUAGGUAAAAGGAUUGUCAAUGAGUUGGUCUCAAGGUCCUUUUUCCAAUAUGAGGAGCAAACUAUGAUCGGAUACAAUUCUACUACAUUUUUGAAGAUUCAUGACCUCAUGCAGGAGGUUGCACUGUCUGUUUCGGAAAAGGAGUGUGCUUGUGUAACGGAUAAAUUCAUUACAAAUAGUGAGUUGCUUCCAAGUGCUGCCCGCCACAUACUUAUUCAAACAUGGAGUAACAAACGGAUACAUGGUUAUUUAUAUGGUUUUAUGAGGAAAUUGUCUCGACCUAUCCAAACAUUGAUGUUUGAUGGGUCUUGUGAAGAUGCCGUUGUGCAACAUUUAUCAAGACAUAGUUCUUUGCGAGUACUUUCCAUGCCAGGAUUUUGGUUUCGUUUUCCAAUAAAACCAAAGCAUAUGUGCCACCUUAGGUUCCUUGAUGUCACGGGUAGUAGAAUCAAAGAACUUCCAUAUGACAUAAGCAUCCUUUAUAAUCUUCAGACACUCAAACUUUCUGGAUGCAGGAAUCUUAUUAGACUUCCUGAGCAAAUGAAGCACAUGAGUGCCCUUCGUCAUCUCUACACAGAUGGGUGCACAAGGUUGGAGUGCAUGCCUCCAGAUCUUGGACAAAUCACCUCGCUUCGAACAAUUACAUGGUUUGUAGUGGGAAGUGGCUUGAGUUGUAGUAGCCUUGGAGAGCUAAGGGAUUUAAAUAUUGGUGGCUCAUUAAUGCUAAAGCAGCUCGAAAAUGUGACAGGGAGAAGAAAUGCAGAAGCAGCCAAACUUGAGAAUAAGAAGGAACUGAGACAACUGUCACUAGAGUGGACAAGUGGUAAGGAGGAGGAACAACAGUGUCAUGAGGUGCUAGAGAGCCUUGAAGCUCAUGAUGGACUGUUGGCUCUAGAAAUAUAUUCCUACCAAGGCACCCGUUUUCCAUCUUGGAUGGGUAUGUUGAAAAACAUACUCGAGCUUCGGUUGUUCGAUUGCUGUAAAGUAGAGCAGCUUCCACCACUAUGUCAACUAGCAGAACUGCAACUCCUUCAUUUGAAAAGAUUGGGAAAUUUGCGGUCCCUGUGUAGCAGAUGUACAUCCUCCACAUUUGGAAAGCUUAAGGAUCUUAAGCUAGUUGAUCUUCACGUUUUUGAAGGAUUUUGUAAGACAAUGCAUGGAUCUACAGUAGCAUUCCCUCAGCUUGAGAUAUUGCACAUCGAGCGCUGUGGAAAUCUAGCAGCUCUAACAGAAGCAUCGCAUUGCGGUGGAGAUUAUACAGUGGCCCGCUCAACAUUUCCAGAACUGAAGAGGCUCAUAUUGGAAGAUUUGUGUAGCUUUGAGAGAUGGGUGGCUGGCCUGCUUGAAAUUGAAGAAGAACAUGCACUAUUCCCUGUGGUUGAGAUUGUUGUUAUUAGUAAAUGCCCAAAGUUAACAACUGUGCCUAGGGCACCGAAGGUCAAAGAACUAGUUUUGCGUGAUGUACAUGAACAUAUCUCUCUAGGAGGGAUCAGAUGUAUGACGUCAUUGUCCACUUUGCUUUUGGACGGCGUGAAGCUUGAUGUUAAGGAGAGAUGGGACCAUCCAUCGUCCGUGGUAGAUAUGCAACUGUGGAGGUGCAGUUUGUUCUUCCAACCACGCGCACUAGUGAUGUGGGUUUGCUAUUGGCAGCUGCAAGAUCUGACAAUUUAUAGAUGUGAUGAGCUUGUGUCCUGGCCGGAGAAAGUAUUCCAAAGCUUGAUUUCUUUGCGGAGGCUAUGGAUUGGCAAUUGCAAGAACCUAAUUGGAUAUGCAGCGGCGAAUGUCCCCGACCAGGCAACUUCUGGAAGGAGCGAGCUUUUGCCCCAUCUAGAGUAUCUAGAGAUAUGGGGGUGCCAAAAUCUGGUAGAGUUAUUCAACUCCUCCCCUGCUCUCAAGAGAAUGGAAGUUAGAGAAUGUUGUAAGCUUGAGUCCCUAUAUGGCAAGCAAUUGUUGGAUGAAGCUGCUAGUAGUACCGAUGACGUGACGGCAUCCGCACAUGUUGAGGAGAAGCUAUCACCAUCAUCCCUAGAAUCUCUAACAAUAUUGGACUGUGACAGGUUGUCAGAGGUUGUCAAUCUUCCUUCGUCUCUCAGGGUAAUAGAUAUUCAGGGUUGCUUCAAACUACGGUUCAUGUCAGGGCAGCUGGAUGCACUCAAUACCUUAGCAAUCACCAACUGCCCGGAGUUGCGAUCACUGGAAACAUGCAUCGUAGAUCUCACGUCACUGGAAAUCCUCGCUCUGUGUGGUUGCAAAAGCUUGGCGUCCUUGCCUAGUGCGUGGGCAGGACGACAAGAAUAUUCAUCUCUCCGUCAGCUUACGAUUAGGGAGUGCCCAGGUAUAAAAUCGUUGCCUUCAACUCUGCAGCAGCGACUGGACAACGGCCUCUUGGAUUUUACGAACCUAGAUUCCCGUCGUCGUGAAGAUCGGCCUCCACGACGGCUGCUUGGGUGUCUCUUCCUCCUGCCUUUAUUUUGUCUGGUCUCAAGGGCCAAAUGUUGCUUUGUCUCUGAUUAACAUUAUGAGCGGCACGUCACCGGGUGAUAUGCAGUGCAGCAGCAGGCCACGCUGAAGCUGAAGCUGAAGCUGAACCUCAUCUGCAGGGGCACAGGCAAGGAGCAGAUGGCAGUAGUGUAGUGACGCUAGCUCAUGGAAAAAAGGUAGAACGAUCUGAAGCAGGAGUUACAGACAAUGAGGAAGAUGCGCUUGUUUACAGCUCCCUAAAAAAAAGAGAUAAAUGCGUCGAUAAGGCCAACCUUGUUCAUCAUUUGGUUUGGAUUUUUCGGGGAAAAAGGGGAAUCAAGUUGGUGUAAGCUGUAGUUGCUUUGUUCUGACCCUUGGCUACCUGAAUGAGUGGGUCAAAAUUAAACAGGCACUGCGCUAAUUAAGUGCUGAAUCGUGUUUGGAGUCUGCACAGGGGUUUGCAAUUUGGGUUUGCAAUUUUCUAAGACAAGAGGGAGUAGUCAGCUUUCAGGUUCAGGAUCGAUUAGUGAAUAGUUAGUGUUUGUAAAGAUGGAGUACAUGCUAGCAAUGCAGAGAUGAUGAUUCCACGCAUUGUCGCUGGUGCUAAUAAUCUGCAUAGUAUUGGAGUAAUACGACCUGUACAUGCAUGCGUGUCGCUAGACCUUUAGAUUUGCUUGUACCUGAAACUGAAACUCAUAGGUGCGCUCAUUCCAUUGAGGUGUUCGAUGUGGGCUGAUUGUGUCAGGUUCAGAUGCAAACCAAUGUAAUUUCAGAGAUAGUUAGGAUAGGACUAUGUAUCAGAUAAGGUCCGAGAGGAAAAGAUAGUGUUCAGUUUGUUCUUGUCUUUCAUAAUCCGGUGCACUCGGUGUUAUAUAUAGCCGUGAGUUUGUUGAUUAUGUAUCUAGAUUAUAUAUAUGCCCUGAUAAGCUAUGAUGUAAAACAAUGGCAAGGAUUGAUACUGUGUGUAAAAAGGAUUUUUUUCUUUUUUGA